AUGAAGAUUUUGAGCCAAUUCCUGACUAGACCCAAAUCAACACCAACACAGCAACUAAGACAUUGUACGACGACUGUGACGCCUCCAGCUCCAUCUGCUCAACAUGUGCCCGUGCUCUGCCAGACGGCUAUUGACUAUCUGCAGCCGGUGGCAAGCGGCAAUUACAUAGAUAUGACCUUUGGCGCUGGUGGACACACGCGUCGCCUACUCGACAGCUGUCCGGAUACUACAGUUUAUGCCCUGGACCGGGAUCCGCUUGCCCACGAGCUGGCUCAGCGCAUGAGCCAGGAGAACGACUACGACGGACGACUGGUGCCGCUCCUAGGAAAAUUCUCGGAGCUACCGCAGCUGCUGCAAUCGCUGGACGUGCCGCGGCAUAGUUUUGAUGGCAUGCUGUUCGAUUUCGGCUGCAGUUCCAUGCAGUUCGAUGAGGCAGCACGCGGCUUCUCCAUAGCGCACAACGGGCCACUGGACAUGCGCAUGGAUUGCGGACGCAGUGGCAGCGUCAGCGCCGCCGAUGUGCUAGCCCGUGCCGAGGAGGCGGAUCUGGCGCGCAUUUUGCGCGUCUACGGCGAGGAGAAGGCAGCCAAGAAGAUAGCGCGCGCCAUUGUGGAGGCACGCAGUGCACUGCAGCGCAUUGAGACCACGCGACAGCUGGCCGAUCUGGUAGCCGCAGUGCUGGGCGAUGGUCACCGGCUGGACCGGCUGCAGCGGCCGGCGCAUUCGGCGACAAAAACGUUUCAGGCUCUGCGCAUCUUUGUCAACAACGAGCUGAACGAGAUCAACUAUGGUAUGCUGCUGGCCCAGGAGCUAUUGCGUGCCCAGGGCCGCCUGGUGGCCAUCACCUUUCACUCGCUGGAGGACACCAUUGUCAAGCGUCACAUUAAUGGCAAUGUGAUCGAGGGCGUGGCCAAUCCGCUGCCGCUCAAGUAUUGUGGUCAUGACCUCACCCAUGAUCCAGAGCUGUUGGAAUCCUUUGUGCAAUCCAACUGGCGCCAGCUGCAUCGACACGUCAUUCAGCCCGAUGCCACAGAAAUCGCACGCAAUAGCCGCAGUCGCUCGGCCAAGCUGCGUGCCGCUAUUAAGAUUAAGUAAAGAUUAAACAAAAUUUAUAAAACUUGGUCAGGAAUAAAAAAAAAUGAGCUCUCCA